GUUUUGACGUUCGCUUGGUACUAGCAGCAAGGUCGAGCAGGCAAAGCCGCUUGACAUUUUGGAUAAUGUUACCUCAGCCAUGGAGCGCCACGGCGUGCGGAGAGCGUGGUUCAGUUCCGACUGACAAUGAGGAGGUUACCAGGAGUUAGUACCGUCGGUAUAGCAUACUUACAUUUUGCAGCAUUGUCAAUGAGCUGUCGCUUGUGUGCUGUUAGUUAAAUAUUAGCCUGGCCUUAACUAACCUCGCGUUGUAAACACAGCUAGCUGACAGGAGCUAGCUAACGUUACCAGUAAACAUGAGCUCGGCUCCGAAUCACGGUACCGUGUCCAGCAGACCUGGUUCUGCUCUCUCAAUAGCCGGACAUGUCCAGCAGGUCUUCAGUCAUGUAAAGAUAGAAAACCUGGUGGCGGGACUCAGCGGAGGUGUGGUGUCAACGCUUGUGCUUCACCCCCUGGAUCUGGUCAAAAUCAGGUUUGCAGUCAGUGAUGGAUUGGACCUAAGACCCAAGUACAAUGGUAUAUUACACUGUAUGAAGAGUGUCUGGCUGCAGGAGGGCCUGAAAGGACUAUACCAAGGAGUGACACCCAAUGUUUGGGGUGCUGGAUCAUCCUGGGGUCUCUACUUCUUGUUUUACAAUGCAAUCAAAGAGUACACGAAGGAGGGUCGUCAAACUGAACUGAGCGCCACAGAGCACCUGGUGUCUGCAGCCCAGGCAGGCAUCUUAACACUCACCAUAACCAACCCAAUCUGGGUCACCAAGACCCGGCUGGUGCUGCAGUACAAUGCUGAUCCCACUAGCAAGCAGUACAAGGGGAUGAUAGAUGCUCUGGUCAAGAUAUACCGCCAUGAGGGAGUGGCAGGACUGUACAAGGGAUAUGUUCCUGGUUUGUUUGGCACAUCUCACGGAGCGCUGCAGUUCAUGGCUUAUGAAGAACUUAAGAGAGACUACAACAAAUACAAGAAAGUGCCUUCAGAUGCGAAGCUGAAUGCUUUGGAAUACAUCACAAUGGCCGCAUUAUCCAAAAUAUUUGCUGUGGCUACAACAUACCCAUAUCAGGUGGUGCGAGCUCGUCUGCAAGACCAGCACAACAGAUACAAUGGAGUUAUUGACGUCAUCAGUCGGACGUGGAGGAACGAGGGCCCCAUUGGUUUCUACAAAGGCAUCAUCCCCAACUUGAUCCGUGUCACUCCCGCCUGUUGCAUCACCUUUGUAGUUUAUGAGAAUGUGUCUCGCUUCCUUCUGAGACAAAAUGAAUGAGUCUUAAAAGCAUGGCAUGGACAGCUGCAAAGACUGCAGAGACAGUGUGAGCUCACACUGACACUUUGGUUCUGUCAGAGAUUCAGUGCGAAAAGCAUCAGACUUAAACUGAACUCUCAGCACGGUGUGUGUGAGCUGGUCUGAGGAGCAGUGAUGUGCACUGAGAAGUAAUGAAAAAGUUGCCAAACUGGGCAAUGGACCUCUUUUCUUUUUAUACAUAUGUUUAUGUUUAAGUGAAAUGCGAUGGUGUUGAGGGUGGCCUCUGUCACUAAUGAUCAGAUGCAUGACAAACAGUUUGACUUCUGUGAGAAAGUAUGCUGCUGUACAUGCCAAACGACAUGCUGCUGGGAUGAUAGUUUUAUUGUUUAAAAACCUGAUGUCACCAUUUCAUGCUUGUAUCAGAGGUUGAUAAAUAUUUCAUCAUAGUUCCGUUUACAUUUGAUGUUUUCUGGUGACUCAAAGGGAUAAAGGCUGAAAUACGGAAAGGUAAUUAUUGACAGCAAAUUUUCUCAGGUUUCCAGUUGCAUGCAUGUGUAAUAUUAGUUUGACUCUUUUAAAUUAUUUCUUUAUGUGACCUGACAGCAGCAAUGGAGAUGAUUUUUAUUUUUUUCCAAAACACCUAGUACAUUUGCAUCACUUCAAACUAUUGUUCAGAUCUCUUUGUGUCCUGACAACAGACUGUAACUUGCAUUGUCCGUGUUUGUUAUAUAAAAUAUAUAUCUUUUGAGGCUA